AUGGCAGAUCAUUCAUCUUGGUUAAACACCUCUACGCCAGUGGCCCACAACGUACCCCUCAAGUCCCACGAAAAAGUCGAGAACGUGUGCUUUUCAGAAAACAUAUCCGCUGUUACUCCACGACCCAAAAGGGAACCUCAAACAGCUUUACCGAUUGCACAGCGCACACGUGCUCUCUUCAACAUUAUAACUCGACCGCCUCUUUUGCAUACACCAAGUCUGGGCAUUAAUCUUCCAUUUGAAUCGUCUACGGGUGUUAAAACGUCAGAUUUUGACAAGAUUUCCAAAGAGCUCAAAGAACUCGCCUGCUCUGACCCGUGCUUCGUUUCCAUUGAUGGUCUGUUGGACGGAGUGCUAAUCGUCAGGAAUGCGAUUGAGCAACUUUACGACGAUUGUGUGGCUCUCCAAGAAAAUAAACCCAGUGAUAGAAUGGUAUCAACCAUCAAUGUUCUGGAUUUUUUCCUCAAUCGAGUUGACCCUAUUCUUCGAAAACUAAUAGACCUGCGGGUAUCCCUAAAUGAUUUCACGUUGGGUGAGGUAAUCGGUCGUGGGGCCUGCGGUGUUGUCCGCGUGGUGCACGAAAAAAAUCCUCCGAAUUCAGUUUUUGCAAUGAAGUCGCAGUACAAAGGCUCCUGGCUCUACCAUGAUCCGGAAGGCGCACAGCUUCUCUUGGAACGCACCGUUCUUGCUCAGGCCGCGAUGACAGAUAAUCCCUGGCUCCCGCAUCUCCACUAUGCCUUUCAAGACGAAACCCAGUUACAUUUGGUCAUGGAUUAUGAACCGGGUGGUGAUAUGUACAUUUUCCUCAGCAAGGCUGCUCAUCUUCUUGACUCAGAAAUGAUCCAAUUCUAUGCCGCUGAAAUCGUUGAGGCUACUCACUCGCUCCACCAAAUGGGCUACAUUCAUUGUGAUAUCAAACCCGAAAACUUCGCGAUUGAAAGGAGCGGUCAUCUCAAAUUGAUUGAUUUUGGCUCUGCAAUUCGUCUCAAUUCAGACGGAACGUGUGUCUGCCCCACUAUGGUGGGAACAAAGGAGUACCUCAACAUAGAACUUCUGACCCAGCGCAAACGCGGCUCCAAGAACCCCCUCUACGUAGGACCUGGCUAUGAUUAUUGGGCCAUCGGAGUGUUCAUCUACGAGAUGUACUACGCACAAACACCCUUCUACGACGAGGACGACGAUAGGAUGAUGGAGAAUAUCAUCAACUUCAGGGACACCCUCAACUUCCCCACCAACGUCAAUAUUCCCCCCUGCGCAAGAGACCUCAUCCGAAGGCUGGUUUGCGAACCGAGCGAGCGGCUGACUUACGAAGGCAUCGUCCGACACCCCUUCUUCCAGGAUAUUGAUUUUGCCACCAUAAGAGAGCACACUCCCCCCUACUUGCCGCCCGUUGGUGAGUUGGAUGAUGUUGCCAACUUCUCCGGGGGCGGAGCACGCUCCCGCGACGAGCUGUUGCACGACAUCUCCAGCGACAAGACGAUUUCGCCGUCGCGUGGCCUGCCCCCGUCGACACCCUGUCCGGGCAUUCGAGGCAACCAGCAGCAGCGCCUCUCCAGCCUCGAGAACGUGGAACCUCGACCAACUGCACCACCUCCAGCGGUUGAGCCCUCUAAAAAGGCAAUGCAACGCCAGGCCAUCCUCGAAGCCGCCGCUAUGCCCAUCACGGAGGAUGUUCAGGAGGUGGUGGACAUCGAGUGGAAGGGACCCGUGUUCGCCAUCGACUUGCCCUUCGUUGGAUUCACCUUCACGCCCGCCAUGCUCAUUGGAGAAUCGCGCUCCAGGCAAACCCAGUUUCGGGCUAUCAGCAGACACCACAAUAUUGCUGACUCCUCGGUGACAAUGCAAAGUCGUCUGAGUAUGCUCGACACCUCGUGCCUUGGGGAGGAAGCUACCGCCAGAAUUAUGGAAGUUAGACGUCGGAAUCGCUUCCUGGAAAAGCAGAUCACUCUGCAGGAGGAGGAAAUCCAAAAACUGCGUCAGCGCCUCCAAGCCUCCAUCUACAGCGCUGACAUCCUCUCUGACCUCGACAGUGCCGUGACGUCUAACGUCAAACAUCAGGCCGAUGAAAAGCAAGAGUUAGUCAGAUUAGAGGCCCGAGUAAACUCGCUUACCCUGGAGAAAUCCAAGUUGGCUGAAGAGCUCACCGAAACGCGAAAAUGCCUGUUGGAUUUCAACAACCUAAAGGAUCUUCUGAACUCGGUGGACCGAAAAGCCGUUGAUGAGGCCCAGUCGUUGAAAGUGAAACUGGACACUGCAGAGGAGAACAACCGCGUUCAGGCCGAAGAGCUCACUCAGGUGCGUCAGCAGUUGGAGCGUCUGCGUAACAAUAACACCAAGUUGGUGGCGGAGCGUGACGCGGCACUCGAGAGAGCCGCCAAAGCCGAGGACACGGCGGCGUCACAGGCGGACGAGGCGGAGGCCGCGCGCUUCGCCUCCCACUGCGAGAUUGUGCGUCUCACCACAACCACGGAGCAGCAGGGCAAGCUCAUCAACCACCUCCUCGCCCUCCUGCCCGCGGAGCACCGUCAAGCCGUCCGCCAAGGCAUUCUCGCGCCGGUCAGCAGCAACACCAGCGAGCCGCCGGCGUCGUCCGCCUCGCUUGUGAGCAGCGGCGGUUGUGAGCGCGUUCGGGGCGCGCCUUUCGUCCGCUCGCAGAGUCGGUGGCUGGGCGGCAGCGGCGGCACAACCAAAUCCUCCGCCGGCCACUCCGCUCUCUUCCUCAAGACUAGAAGCCUCCUUCGGGGCAAACGAGCCGUGGCAGCCAGCCAGAAGUCCUCUGCAGUGCUUGGCGAGGCCCUAGAUCAGAAGUGGGGUGCGGCAUUCAAAUCGGCAAUAGGCUUUGGCGGUAGUCAAGGAGCAGCAGCGUGCCCAUCAAGCUCACAAAAGCAGACUCGUCGUCGUCGUGGUGGUGGAAUGCCCUCGUGGGUGCGUACCCUGUCCACUCUCCGCUCCAAGAAGCACCUGACUGCCCAGUCCGGUGGUUUUCGGCUGCACGAGCGCAGUUUCAGUGAAGGCGACGUCGACGGAGGAGUUUACGUUGGCGACGAUGCCUCCCUGGAGUACCCGCCUCUUGAAGUGGACUGUGUAGUCUCGGACGUUGACUACUUCCGUGGCUCGAAUUCCACCACCUCCUCGCCACGUUCCAGCAUCGCCCCCAGUCUCACUAGUCUGCCGGAGUCGUCUCGAAAAGUGAUGUGGGCUGGCGACUUGGUGCCCCGUGGGGAGAAACCUAAGAUAAUUUCUUCGAGUGAUACACACAAGUACAAGAGCCCCCAUCCGAAGCUGCUGAAACAGCUGAGUCGAGUCCUGGGCAGAGGCAAACCCCGGAACGACGAUGGCAAUCCCGCCGAGUGA